CUCACUCAGGCAGCGCUGGCGUGGAUGUUGAACCUCCAGAGCCCGUUCACUGACAGGGGGGGAUUCUUCGCGUCCCCGGCACGCCUGCCCCCUCCGCCCGAAGACAGCUACCUCCAGCACAUGGAUGGCAACGGGAGCCUCAACGGGAGUGAUGCUGGGCACAAAGGGGGCCUCCCCUACCCCCUACCCACCACCUUGGCCCUCAUCACCCUGGCUACGCUCCUCAUGCUCGUCACCAUCUUCGGCAACGUCUUGGUCAUCAUUGCUGUCUUCACUAGCCGGGCCCUCAAGGCCCCUCAGAACCUCUUUUUGGUCUCCUUGGCCUCAGCUGAUAUCUUGGUGGCGACCCUGGUCAUCCCCUUUUCUCUUGCCAAUGAAGUGAUGGGCCAGUGGUACUUUGGGAAAGUGUGGUGUGAGAUCUACCUAGCCUUGGAUGUACUCUUUUGCACCUCUUCCAUUGUACAUCUCUGUGCCAUCAGCCUAGAUCGUUACUGGUCCAUCACACAGGCCAUUGAAUACAACCUCAAGCGCACCCCACGCCGCAUCAAAAGCAUAAUCUUCCUCGUCUGGGUCAUCUCGGCUGUUAUCUCUUUCCCACCCCUCAUCUCCAUUAUGAAGCAGGGUGAGCCUGACAGUCCAGUCCAUCAAGAAAUAGACUCAAAGCAAGAGAGCAAGACACCUACCUGCAGCAUCAACAAGGAGACAUGGUACAUCAUCUCUUCCAGCAUUGGCUCAUUUUUUGCUCCUUGCCUUAUCAUGAUCCUGGUUUAUGUCCGUAUCUACCAGAUUGCAAAGAGGAGAACUCGUGUGCCUCCCAGCAAGAGAGGGGAGAAUACAGAGAGGAAGCAGAAUGGGCUGGAAGAUAAGGAAGACGUUCCUGCAUUGACCAAACUUAAUGGGGAGAAGGGAGCUGUGGCAGGAGGAAGCCAGGAAAGGGAAGAAGUCAAUGGCAUUGACAUGGAGGACACCUCCUCCUCAGAACGCAAUGAGGAUAAUCAGUCCAAGAAGCAGGAGAAGGCACAGAGAGGAAAGGGUAAAACAAAGCUAAGCCAGAUUAAGCCUGGGGACAAUUUGCCUACAAGAGUGGAGGAGGAAAGAAAUGCCAAAGCUUCCCGAUGGAGGGGCAGGCAGAACCGAGAGAAACGAUUCACCUUUGUGUUGGCAGUGGUGAUUGGGGUGUUUGUGGUUUGCUGGUUCCCUUUCUUCUUCACCUACUCCUUGACUGCUGUUUGCAAGAGUUGCUAUGUGCCCGACACCCUCUUCAAAUUCUUCUUUUGGUUUGGUUAUUGUAACAGCUCCCUGAACCCUGUCAUCUAUACCAUCUUCAACCAUGACUUCAGGAGGGCCUUCAAAAAAAUUCUCUGCAAAGUAGACCGAAAACGGAUUGUGUGAAAACUCAAGUUAAUUUGCAAGGGUGAUAUUUCUUUUUCUUCCAGAGGGGCUUUACUCUGAUUGGUUUUGAAUGAUGUCUUAGUUGAAUUCUGAACUCAGACUCUUCAAAGACUUCAGGUGAGAUGAAGUGUUUAAAACAGUAGCAGACAGCCUCAACCAAAGUUGAAUAUUUCUGCUCAGUUGAUGGAGUUGGAGGCUU